AUGCCUCCGUCUCUCCCUUCGUCUAAGAAGCGCAAGACUCGCGACAGCGAUGAUACCGUGAAGGCAAUUCAAGUCCUCGAGCAGGACCUCGCGUCUGCGAUCUCGCGCGGGACUUCCCUGAACCCUCUUGCCGACCUCUUGGAUCUUGCUUCGCAAGCAGAGACUCCUGCUCAUGCAUCCAGAGCUAUAUACGCGCUCUACAGAACAUUUGUUCUUCUGCUCUCGGACGGCGCACUCUCUGGCCCCAGUCACACCGAAGAGGCCAAAGCCGUACGGACAUGGUUACUCGAACGCCUGAAUGCGUUUACGGACCAACUGGCAGGGUUGCUAAAGGACGAAGAGGCGUCGCUCCAGACCUCCGCCCUGGACAUCCUCAUGUCCCUGCAAAAGCACCUAUCUUCCUCACUUACGCGCACUAGCGACAGCAAGCAACCUCCCCAAUCUCACGUCUCGCACUUCCGGAAGAUUGUAUCCGCGCUCCUCCUGUGCCCUCCCUCUACCCGAGGUAGCACGCCCAAGAAACGCAAGACGGAGCCUGUUUCUGACGACCGCAUGUUGGACUCUACCGUACGAGACCACUUUGUAAACACUUGGUUUAGCGUACACGACGAUGUGCGCUGGUUCUUCCUCAGGGAUGCGGCCAUCCUCCUCGCGAGGCAUCCGCACAAAGAAGCGCCUCAGCUACCGGGCAACCUGCUGUCCAUCUUGGAGCGGCUCACGACGUUCCCGACACAACGCUCAGAGCUGAACACCUGGUGGAUUGAAGAGCUCGGCGCGAAACCGGCACCAUCCAAAAAGUCUUCCGCCCACGAGGACGCAGACGAGGAGGUAGGAGGCGCGUCCGGGGCGGACGACGAGGACGACUGGCGCAAGUUCUUCGACGAGCCCGCCUCGAAAGCGGACGACAAGGGCAAGAAGGGCGCCCCAGGCCGGCUGCACACGCUGACGGUGCACCAAUCCCUGCACUCGCUCUCUGCGCACCGGGCGGUCUUCACCAAGGCUUGGCUGGCGCUCCUGCCGCAGCUGUCGCUGGGCGGGGCAGAGAGGGCCCGGACACACUCGCUUCGCGUCCUGAACGUGCUGCACCGCGGGGUGGUGCCCCACCUGACGCGCCCGAUCCUGAUCAUGGACUGGGUCGGCUCCGCGGUCGACCACGGCGGCACGGUCGGCCUUCUGGCGCUCAACGCGCUCUUCAUGCUCAUCAAGGAUCACAACCUAGACUACCCCGCAUUCUACACGCGGCUGUACGGCUUCCUGGACAAGGACGUGCUCCAUCUGAAGCACCGCGCGCGGUUCUUCCGUCUGACGGAGGUUUUCCUCGGAUCUACCCUGCUUCCUGCGAACCUGGUGGCGUCCUUCGUCAAGCGGUUGUCGCGACUCUCGCUGUGCGCCCCUCCAGCGGCGGUGGUUAUGCUCAUCCCGUUCACGUACAAUAUGCUGCGGCGGCAUCCGUCGCUGAUGACGAUGAUUCACCGGACGGAGGAGAUCUCAGGGGCGGAGUGCGACGGGUUCGACGCGGGGGAGGGGAACCCGGCGUUGACGAACGCGCUGGAGAGCUCGCUGUGGGAGCUCUACAGCCACCGACGGCACUACCACGGGGCGGUGUCGUCGCUGGCGCGGAUCCUGGAGGAGGCGUUCACGCGGCCGCGGUACGGGAUGGAAGACUUCCUGGACCACACGUACGGCACGAUGAUGGAGACGGAGGUGCAGCGCAAGAUUCGGAGGGAGCCGGCGACGGAGGGGGAGGGAGUGCAGUCGGACGGGCUGGAGGAGCUGUGGAAGAUAGGUUGA